AUGAAAACUCAAGAAUUUGUUCUUACGUAUUUGCAAGGACUUCACUCUUGGGCACCACCAGAUUGUUACAGUCUAAUGCGUACUCUCAGUGGAAGGGAUUCAUUGUUCAUCUCUGUUUCGUUGUUUUCCCUGCCACUCGACCAAAAUGGACUGUCAUUGUCAAUUGUUGCAGUUGUUGUAUUCAUGACUGAACUGUUUAAGGGCAAAGUUUCGGGACACUGUAGUUUUAUUAUGGUUGGCAACAAUGAUCAGACGCGGCAACCAAAUGCACGCGCACAUCCUUUAAAUUACUAUCUGCACGUGACGUCAUGUGGGGCGCAAGCCUUGUUUAACGUGGUAAAGAUAAGAAGUAUUAGAAGGACGCCACCAACAAAAUCUGGCGUGCAAUUAGAGUUGCAAGAUGGCGUACCGAGUUCCGAGCACUCACUUGAUCCCGGGUCCCUCCCUACUUCGGUGGGCAUGUCCCUGCUGCGCCCCUGUGCGAUGAACCGACCGAAGUUAUCAUUGGCAAAACCGAAAGCCGGUGGUCUUGGUCGGUUCGUCAUAUUGACUGGCAAGGUUGGAUUCCUUGGGUUGUCGCUCAUUUUCGUUGACCGGGCUAUCUUCUUGUUAGCUGAGGCAAAGGAAGUAACCAAGUGCGAUCUCUUGACUAGCUCGCACCAACAAGCAGAUCUAUUUUUGGGGGAGUUCUGCAAGUGGAACGGAUAA